AUGGUCUCCGAACUUUGCCCCGUCUAUGCUCCCUUCUUCGGCGCGAUGGGCUGCACGUCAGCUAUCGUGUUCGCCUGCUUUGGCGCGGCCUACGGAACCGCGAAGGCCGGUGUUGGUGUGUCAGCCAUGGGUGUCCUCCGCCCUGACCUGAUCGUCAAGAACAUUAUCCCCGUUGUCAUGGCGGGUAUUAUUGGUAUCUACGGUCUCGUCGUGUCCGUCCUGAUUUCCAACGGUCUCUCGCAAGAGUCUUCGCUCUUCGCCAACUUCAUCCAGCUCGGUGCCGGUCUCGCCGUCGGUCUGUCCGGUAUGGCCGCUGGUUUCGCCAUCGGUAUUGUCGGUGAUGCUGGUGUACGAGGAACUGCCCAACAGCCCAGGUUGUUCGUCGGAAUGAUCUUGAUUCUCAUUUUCGCCGAAGUUCUGGGUCUUUACGGACUCAUUGUUGCCCUGCUCAUGAACUCCAAGGCUAGCGACGCUCACUGCUAG